AGCAGCAGCAGCAGCAUCAUCAUCAGCAGCAGCAGCAGCCCGGAGAGGCUUGACAUUUCUAACAUCCAGUGAUUCCUCCAGGAGCGCCGCGUGAAGUCUGGGUCUCACUCUCUCACUCACUCACUCUCUCACUCGGUCAGUGUUCCACACUCGCAGGCGCUGCGUGUUUAUCCACGGCUGCUCCUUCCUUCCUUCCUUCCUUCCUUCCUUCUUUUCAUUUGGGGAUUUGAAACUUGCGGGACUUUACGGUCGCAGGCAGAGAGCAAACGGCGGACAGACGGAGGGACGCAGGGACAGUGAAUGUAGCGGCAGGCUGGGUGUCUGUCUGCGGGUGCGCACAGCGGCUGGACCGGCCGAGGACGCACCAAGUGCCGUCACACAUCUCCUUGUCUUCCGUCCUCGGUGUCCCCAGCAGGACAAAGAUGAUUGUCUUCGGGACUUUGCUGCUUCUUUUGUCCUCAGAUGCGUGGUCAAUAUCAUCACCCGUCUUCCCCUUGGCCUCCGCCCCCACUGACUGUGUGGAAGCCCAUCGUGUGUGCUCAGCUGAUCUCCAGUGCGAGGCUCUGUACCGGGGCUUGGAGCUGUGUGCGGCCGAUGCGGCGGUUUCCCCGCUCGGGGAGCAGGCGGCAGCCGAGUGCCUGGAGAGACAGGACGUCCUGCUGGCCAAACACCCGGCUCUGGUGGCCUGCAAGUGCCAGCGUGGCUUUCGCAAGGAGGAGCAGUGUCUGCGCAUCUACUGGAGGGUUCGCCUGCUGCCAGGGGAAGAUGAGCUUGAAAUGUCUCCCUAUGAUGACACACUGAUGGACACUCGCAUGGCCUCUUUAGUGGCAGCCUCAUCUUUCCUGGACGGUGAGAACCAGUGCCUGAAGGCAGCACAGGACUGUGGCUUGUACGAGAAGUGUGGCUCCCUGCGAUCGGAGUACGUCCUGGCCUGCACCAAACGGAUUCCCGGCUCCAGCCGGUGCAACCAGCACAAGUGCCACCGGGCACUGCGGCGCUUCCUGGAGCGGGUUCCUGAGGAGUACAGUCUGGGUGUUCUGUUCUGCCCCUGCACCAACACACUGUGUGGAGAGAGGAGGAGGAAAACCAUCGUACCGUCCUGCUCCUACCAGGAUAUGGAGGGGCAACAACCCAACUGCCUCCAUCAGCAGAGCUUCUGUCGCCGUGACGACCUCUGCAGGUCCAGACUGGCUGAUUUCCUAAGUAACUGCCAGCCGUCACCGCUGACAGCCAGCGGCUGCCUGAAAGACUCAGCGGGUCUCUGCCUCCGAGCAUAUGCCGGACUCAUCGGUACCAUCAUGACACCAAACUACAUCAGUAACAGCUCUGCUGACGUGUCACUGUGGUGCAACUGUGAAGGCAGCGGCAACCAGUGGCAGGACUGUCUGAGACUGCAGCGGAUGUUCACCCACAACAGCUGCCUGCGUAACUCCAUCAGCUGGAUGGGCAGUCCCGGCUCCCUGCCUGCAGACUUCACCCCCCCUCCUGCUCCCAGACCGUCAGCGUUGGUGCAGCAGGACGUUCUCCUGAGCAACAACCACCUGCCCGAGCACAACAACGUCGUGGUGGAGAGUGAGGAAGAAGAGCAGAUGACACAGAUUGAGGAGGAGAGUGAUGAAGGAGGCCAGUUCGACGUAAUCCCGCUCUACUCUGAGAGAGCGACCGUCUCUAACCUGGGCUCCUCCGGCGAGGCAGCGUCUCUGAACACUGGUCCUGCUAAACCCAUGCUGCUGCUGCUGCUCGUCCUCUCUGCCUCUGCCAGCUGGGGGUAGAGUGUGAAACCAAGAGAACACACACACACACACACACGCACACACCGCAGCACACACAC